AGAAAUUAUCAUCAAAAACUUGAACAAUGGCGUAUAGAUUGUCAUCAAAAGAUUGAUUUAUAUUUUGAACAGAAAUAUCAACAACUCAAUCAACUUAUUGAAGAAAAAAUCGAGAAACAACAACAGGAAGUUACAAGAGUUCAAUCGAAAUUAGUAGAACUCAUUCGUGAACAAGAUGCAACUCAUCAAGAUAUUGAUAUGUUAACAUCAAAUAUUAAUCAUCUUCAAAAAGAAAUCAAUAACAUCGAACAAAAUCCUAUUCAUAUAAAUAUUCGUCCAUUACUUAUUGAUAUCGAUUAUAUUCAUAUAAAUGAAACAGAUUAUCAGGAAUUUAAUUUGUCUACACUUUCACCAGCUCAUAAAACAAUCAAUCGUUCCUAUGGAAGUUCUAGAGAAUUGGCAAGUAAUGAUCAAUAUUUGUUAUUUCAUGAUGCACCUAACCUAUGUUUGAUUGAUCAAAAUUUGACAUUAAUCAGAAAGAGUUUAUGGCAUCAUGGUAAGAUUUUUGACAUGUGUUGGUCAUCAACAUUAAAACAAUUUAUUGUACUUGAACUAAAUGAUAUUUAUUUUGUCAAUGAAAAUACAAUGAUGAUGGAACGUAUAGAAACAAUUAAAAAAGAAAGAUGGAUGUCAUGUACAUGUUCUGAUACAUCUCUCUAUUUAUCAACAAGAGUACAUGGUUCAUCGAUUUUAGAAUUCAGUCUAUUACCUACGAUAAGAUUAAUUAGAGAAUGGAAAUGUCCUGAUUCAUGUUUGGAAACUGAAGAUAUCACUUGUAUAAAAUAUAAUAAUGAAACCCUUGCAUUAUUAAUUCGAAAUAAUUUGAAUAAAACUAUGAGAAUGAAAUUGAAAUCUUCCAUAACAUUCGAGCAUAUUUGGUGUUUUCAACUUGAUUUAGUAUAUAACAAAGAGAAAACACUUCGAUGUUGUUCAUUAACUGAUAAUGAGUGGCUUAUAGCUGAUCAUGAAAAAUGUCGUUUAAUACAUAUUUCAAACGAUGGAAAUAUGAAAAGAAUGUUAACAUAUAAUGAUAUUCCUUGGUUUGUGAAUUUGUUCG